AUAAUAAUAAUAAUAAUAAUAAUAAUAAUAAUAAUUAAUUCGAACAAUAUCAUCUUGGAUGGAUUUUUUCAUAUAAUAAUUAUGGUUAAAGAGCAUGUACGAGAGCAUGAAGGUUAGAGUUGAAAAUGCACUUAAAAGAGGAAGCGUUGAGGAAGAGGAGAUUGAUGAGGUAGAAAUGCAGCAUGCCUUUGCCAAAUGGUCGAACAAUUUUAGUACUCAAGCUCAUCCCACAAUUAUUCAGAUUUUGGUAAGUUGUAUGAAGGACAAGGAUGUUAGUGGAGAAAUGAUGCCAAACUUGGUUUAUACCUCUAGAGAGAAAAAUAUAACCCAUCACCAUCGUUUCAAGGCCGGUGCCCUCAAUGCUUUGGUUCGUAUAUCAGCAACAAUGACAAAUGCACCAAUAAUACUAAUUUUGGAUUGUGACAUGUAUUCUAAUGAUCCACAAACCAUCAAGAGAGUUUUAUGUUACUUCUUUGAUCUUGAAAUUCAACCAACAAUGGCAUACGUUCAAUUUCCUCAAUUCUUUCAUGGACUUAAUAAAGGAGACAUUUAUUUUGGCGAACAAAAACGUGUUUUUCAAAUCAACCCAUUGGGAAUGGAUGGGCUUUCAUGUACUGUAAAUAUGGGUACUGGUUCCUUCUUUCAACGUCGAGCCCUAUUUGGAAAUCCCUCAUCUUGUUUUGGAACUGAACUUUUGGAACUUGGGCCGAAGCAUGUUGUAAAAAAGCCCAUAGGAUCACAAGAAAUACUUGAAUUAGCUCAUUCUGUAGCUGCUUGUGACUACGAGAACAAUACAAGAUGGGGCACACAGGUGGGCUAUCGAUAUGGAUCAUUGGUGGAGGACUAUUAUACAAGUUAUCGGAUGCAUUGUGAGGGGUGGAAGAGUGUAUUUUGUAACCCUGAAAGACCAGCAUUCUUGGGAGAUUCACCAAUAACACUAAUUAACAUGCUAAGCCAAACCAAGAGAUGGAUGAUUGGGCUGCUUAAUGUUCUUUUCUUAAGAUACAGCCCAAUCACUUUUGGUAUUCACAAAAUGGGCAUACUCUCUGCUUUUACUUAUACACACUUUGCUCUUACGCCCAUUUAUUGCAUUCCACUAACCAUUUAUGCCUUCGUUCCUCAGCUUGCACUUCUUAGAGGAAUUUCUACCUUUCCACAGAUUUCAGAUUUGCGGUUUUAUUUGUAUAUAUUCCUCUUUAUCGGGACGAAUGGGAAAGACCUCUUAGACUUUCUCCUACAAAAAGGAACCUUUGAAAUAUGGUGGAAUUCCCAAAGAAUAUGGAUGAUUUGUGGACUUUCAAGCUAUCUUUUCGGGUUCAUAGAAUACAUCCUUAGUUCUCUUGGAAUCGUGGUUCCUGGAUUCGAUGUCACAAGUAAAGUACAAGACGAUGAACUGAAGAAAAGAUAUGAACAAAGUAUAUUCGAGUUUGGGGUCGUGUCACCCAUGUUUGUUCCUAUGACAAUGGCCUCCAUUAUCAAUCUUGUUUCCUUUGCUACGGGAUUAGUUACAAUUUUAAGACGAGGAUUGAAAGAAAUGCAAGGACUAUCUCUACAGAUUUUGCUUUCGGGUUUUGUGGUCAUUAAUUGCUGGCCACUUUAUAAAGCUAUGGUGUUUAGGAGGGACAAUGGAAGAAUGCCCACUAAAAUUACAUUGAUUUCUACUUUUUUAGCUUCAUUUCUUUGCUUGCUAGUUGCUAGUGGGAUGUAAUAUAAUAGGGUAAGUUUUCUAAAUGUUUGAAUUCUCUUAUACUACCUCCAUCCUUAUGAUGUUUCUGUUUCAUUAAAAUAAUAAACUAAUAUAAAUUAAAAAAAGGAAAAUUUUAUCUUUACAAUAGUGGGAGGUAGAGCUGUUUAAAUCUAACCCGAUCCGAAAAUCCGACCCGGAAUCGAAAAUGAUCCGACCAGAAAAAAUGUUAAUUUUUUAGGUUUACCAAACCGGCAUUAUUCGAACCGAUAUUGCACUCGAACCGUUUGAUAACUGAAAAGGGAAAAAUCGAACUCGAACUGCAACCGAAUUUUAUAACCGACAUAUAAACAUUUACCGACGUUACCCGAACUCAACAGUGAUCGAUCCGAGUCUAUUCCAACCUGAAUUAUGCACGUAACCGAAUGCAACUUGACUAAAACUGAUUAAAAUUGAACUGUUUUUAACCUGAACUGAUACAAACUCGAACCGAUUAUUAAUCAAACUGUUAUAAAUCCGAUUUAACUUUUCACCUAAUUUCAGCAAAUUA